AUGGAGGAUCUUUACAGUCACUCGCUGCCAUCUGACGAGAUUUUUGAUUUUCUUGGCUCCGCCACUGCCCUUGACGCCAUGAUUAUUACUUCCGAGACCGCAGGGGACGGAGAGAGGCUUUCUGAAGCGCUCCGAACAGCCCUGGCGAAGGGAGUUGAUUCUGCCCAGGCCGGCAUCAAUCUGAGCUCUGUUUACCUCAGGACCAUUCUCCAAGACGCAUUCGAUGCCAGCGGUGCUGAUACCCAGAAGCCCAAUGCCAUGUGGCUUGCAUUGAAGCAACAUAAGUUCACCCAGACGGUUGAUAUUGAAUCCAUGAAGGCACAUUUACGACAGGAACACCGAGACACUCGAGCGCGUGUCAAGGCUUGUUCGACUUCUGCGCAAUCCGUCACCUUUCUGGAAAAAAUGUCACAAAAGGGCAAGUGGCAAGAAAAACAGAGGCACUGGCAUGCUGAGGCCGCUUCUCAGAGGCCUACCAAGUCCGAUGAUUAUGAUGAGUGUUCAACUCCUUUUAGAUACAUCACAUCGCCUCCCGAGAAAGGCGGAAAGUUAGCGAACGGGAAGUCGGAACGACGUGAUCCACCCUCGCCGGCGACCGUCGGGAGGUCAACAUCAUCCGUUACCUUGGAUCAUGAGUCACAUUCGGGUGACGGGGAUAGCUACGUCCAUGUCAAGGAUGUAAGCACUCCCGUCUUGGAUGAGAAAUCCAUUCUGUUGCGACCCAAUUGGGACGACUUCCAGGUAGACGCGCAAGACCUUCACGACUGCUGCAUCUGUGGUGAGCAGGAAUGUUUACAGAUGUUUUUGCUUCGACCCCAUAGGAGUUAUGGUAUUGAUCACGAGCGUAGGGAGAGAUUUGUGCCUUUCAUUUUCCCCAUCACUUGUUGCGAUAGUUGUUUUGGCGUCUUGCACCAAAUGGGCAAACUGCCGAACGGUGAGGAUCGCCCUACCGAGGCUGUGCCAGACCUGACACAACUACCUGAAAGAAAAUCAGCACGGAAGAGAUGGCUGGCUCCUUUGGAAAACAUGAUUGACUUCAACACCCUGCGGACUAUAUGGGAUACGCAUGAUGGCAUAAAAUCGUGGUUGGAUUACCCCCUCGAGAACUUUAUUCAGCUGAUUCGACUUUGUUCACUUCACCCCGAGAACUAG